GUCAAAAAUUGACAAAUGAGACUUCCUUUGUUGCAAUUUACAAUUUGCAACUUGGAUUUUAGAAGUUUUUUAAAGAAUAGAAAAGUUUUAAAAAAUGUGUACAUAAAUAAAUUCAACGCAGGCGCUAAAAUCUUAUCUGCCCAAUUAUAACAGUGGAGCAGGUUUGUAUACCUGAUUUAACUCGACGUAACCAGUCCGUGGAAGGCCUGCGGCAAAUUUGUUCUUGCCCCAUCCAGGUGUUUCCCUGGGAAAAUUGAGAAUUUUAGGCGAUUUGCUCCUAGAUCAAACAUGUUUGCCCAAAUACCUCGAUCCACCUUAGCUGGACUUACGAGGUCUUCAAGAUUAACUGUAAGCUGUCAGAAACCUUUGAUAGUGGAGUCACUCAAUUUUCUAAAUGAAGAACCUAAAAGGUGUUACCAUGAAGUGGUGGGAGAUAUCGUUACCCCUGGGCAAGUCAGAGGUAUUGAUCAUCUUAGGGAUCCGCGUCUAAAUAAGGGCCUGGCAUUUACCCUUGAAGAACGCCAAGCCUUAGGAAUUCAUGGCCUCCAACCAGCCAGAUUUAAAACGCAAGAAGAACAGCUGGAACUUUGUAGAAUAUCGAUCGAACGCUACCAAGAAGAUUUGAACAAGUACCUGUAUCUUACCGAGCUGCACGACCGAAACGAGAAACUGUUCUUCAGACUGCUUACGGAGAAUAUCGAGGGAUUAAUGCCCAUAGUCUAUACGCCUACCGUGGGGUUGGCUUGUCAAAAGUUCGGACUGAUUUACAGAAGACCGAGGGGCUUGUUCAUCACCAUUAACGACAUAGGACAUGUCUUCGAUGUCCUUAAAAACUGGCCUGAACCAAACGUAAAAGCAAUAGUAGUAACCGAUGGAGAGCGUAUUUUGGGCCUUGGCGAUUUGGGUGCCUGUGGUAUGGGAAUUCCUGUGGGAAAACUCGCCUUGUAUACCGCCCUUGCCGGUAUCAAGCCUCACGAAUGUCUUCCUAUAGUGCUUGAUGUAGGAACAAACAACCAGACUCUACUUGAAGAUCCUUUAUAUGUAGGUCUACGACAGAAGCGUGUGACGGGAAAAUUAUAUGACGACUUUCUUGACGAAUUUAUGGAGGCAGUUGUGAAACGUUAUGGCCAAGAUACCUUAAUUCAAUUUGAGGAUUUCGGAAAUCACAAUGCUUUCAGGUAAGA